AUGGCAAACCAAAUCCUGCUAUUGACUACUUUCCUAGCCAUGACAUGUUCUUUGGUUGUUGCUUUCGAGCCUAGUCCGUUGCAGGAUUUCUGUGUUGCUGACGCUACUAGCUCAGCAACAAGAGUGAAUGGGCUACCUUGCUUGGACUCCAAGCUAGCAACAGCUGAGCAUUUCUUCUUCAGUGGACUUCACAUCCCGGGCAACACCUCAAACCCUGUUGGUGGAAAAGUCACCCCUGUCAAUGUGGCUCAAAUUCCAGGACUCAACACCCUCGGCAUCUCACUCGCUCGCAUUGACUACGCACCAAUGGGUGUCAUCCCACCCCACACUCACCCCCGUGCCACUGAGAUUUUAACCGUCUUAGAAGGCAGCCUCGAUGUUGGCUUCGUGACCUCAAACCCCGACAACAAGCUCAUCUCAAAGGUCCUUAACAAGGGCGAUGCGUUUGUGUUCCCUGUCGGACUCAUUCACUAUCAGAAAAAUGUGGGCACUGGAAUGGCCGUUUCACUCUCUUCUUUGAGCAGCCAAAACCCUGGAGUCAACACCAUUGCUAAUGCUGUGUUCGGAUCCAAUCCCCCAAUUUCAGAAGAUGUCCUCGCCAAGUCUUUCCAGGUUGACAAAUCCGUUAUUACUAGUAUUCAGGCCAAAUUUUAG